UCUCAUCUCGACACAACAACUACAAACACACACAUUCAUCUUGAGCUCUAAGUUCUCAUAUUCUCUCCUUCGAGAAUUAUGGCUAUCUCAAAAGCCCUUAUUGCUUCUCUACUCAUAUCUCUUCUUGUUCUUCAACUCGUUCAGGCUGAUUUGGAAACCUCACAGAAAAAAGAUGGUUACGCCAAGAAGAUCGAUUGUGGAGGAGCGUGUCAAGCACGGUGCAGGCUAUCAAGGAGGCCGAGGCUGUGUCACAGAGCGUGCGGGACUUGCUGCUCCAGGUGCAACUGUGUACCACCUGGCACGUACGGAAACUACGACAAGUGCUUGUGCUACGCUAGCCUCACCACCCACGGUGGCCGCCGCAAGUGCCCAUAAGGAACUGGACAACUUAAAGCUCUUCGGAUAAUGCGACUAUAUAUGUCGUUUUGUUAGUCUUUGUUAUGUGGAUCGAAUAAUAAACGAGAACCGUACGUUGUCGUUGUGAGUGAGUGUACUGUAUUUAUAAUUGGUCUAUCUUUGGUGUAAGUGUUUUUUUUCCUGGUUUUUUGAGUUUUUUUUUUUUUAUUAUUUUGUAUAUCGAUUCGUGCAAUAAUCUCAUUGUAUUAUUUCAUGUUGCAAUAAAAUUAUGUUAUUUUUGUUGAGUUA